AAUAAUAGUUAGGCAGGGGGUAUAUGCUACAGGCAUCGUGAACGUUUUAAAGUCUUAUCUUCAGUGGUCAUGUUUUCCUGUGUGAUCUUAUUGAAUGUUAACGAAAUGAAUCAUAAUUAACGUAGCACAACAUUGAUUAGGCUAUUCUACAUAUGUCGAGACUAAAACGAACGGAGGUGAGGAAUCUUGCCAUACCUGUCUGUCUCUCACCUGAGGGGUCAGGCUCAGCCGCCUCGUUUGGGCGUGGAAGAAGCAAGGACCUGGAAGCUUCUGAAAGUCUGGUUGGCUAUUUUUUUUUCAUUUCGCUUGAGUUAAAAAAUGCUAAAGUGGUAAAGGUACAUUUACACGCUACCCGGUUGGUUGAAGGCCGUUUUUUGGCCAUACAUUUUUUUAUCCAUCAAGCCCUCACGGCAGAAUCCUAGACUCUUUUUAGCCUACUUUUCAAGGUAGACUAGCCUACAGGUCACACACCCUGGAUUAUUCUACGCUACAAGGAAAAUGAGCUCUGCACGGUAUAAUCAGGGGCAACAUGAGCAUGUCACUUUUCUGACCAAUCAAGAGAAGGUGACAUCCAAGAGGAGGGUGAUCGUGGUGUUGGGUGUCAUCCUAGCACUACUGGUUUUUGGGGCUAUUUUAGGGCUGCUCAUUUGGAGGUUCAGAGGCCAAGAUAAUACUGAGGAAGGUGCCGCUCUGAGCCAGAAGCGGAAACCAAUGGUGAGGGUCUUCAGUGGUCACAUGCAGUUGUCUGGAGUUCCAUAUAUGGAUACUCUAGAGGAUCCCACCAGCAUACAGUUUGAAGAUAUGGCUAACACGUUGGAAGACACUUUGACCCAAACAUACAAGAAAGACCCCAUCCUUACCAAGUUCUUCACCAAGUCGGUCAUUUCAGCCUUCAGUGAGGGUAUCAAGGCUUACCACUGGGUGCAGUUUGACAUUCCUGCUGAAGAUCUGGAGAUGCUUCCGGAAGUGUCAGAGGAGCGUAUGAUGGAAGUACUGAGUUCGCAGAUCCAACAUGGCAAACAAAUUCAGGAGUUGACUGUCACUGAUAUUACCGUGUCACGCACAGACCCUAGGAUGGCCAGGAACCCCCGAGCAAAGGAGUGCUUCUACCGCCUGGAAGCUGAUUCUUCUGUGAAGACUUUCCAAUCGCCAGGGUUUCCAGAGAAGUACCCACCACGUAUGCGCUGUCAGUGGCAGAUUCGAGCACCUAAAGACACUGCCAUCUUUGUCAAGUUCCCAUCUUUCCACGUGGAGGACGAUUGCACCAAUGACUUCGUGUUCAUUUAUGACUCACUCAGCCCAGAUGAAUCCCAAGCCAUCACCAAGAAGUGUGGCCAGCGACCUCCCACUAACCACCUGGAAGUGGUUUCCUCCGGCAACAUUAUGCUGGUUAACCUCAUCAGCGACAGCGCUAUGCAGCAGCCAGGUUUCACAGCAGAAUACUCAACCAUCCCCAAAACCACAGCCAAAACCUGUGGAGGAUCCUUCACCAACUCUAGUGGGAGCUUCAGCUCACCUCACUUCCCCAGUUUUUAUCCACCAGCCUUAGACUGCAAAUGGACCUUUUCAGUGCCUAAAGGUAUGAAGGUGCGUGUGACAUUCACAAUGUUCCGCAUGAAGGAGCCAGGAGUAGACAUCCGCGUGUGUCACAAGGACUAUGUGGAGAUCAUGGGUGUGAAGUAUUGCGGAGAGCGGUCUACGCUGGCACUCACAAGCACAUCGAAUAGUGUGGAGGUGCUCUUUCACUCAGAUGAGUCCUACACAGACAAAGGAUUUAGAGCACACUUUAAUGCUUAUGACCCUGGCGACCCAUGCCCUGCCGAGUUUGCUUGUUCCUCCGGGAUCUGCAUCGAUGAAGGACUGAAAUGUGACGGUUGGAAUGAUUGUGGAGAUAUGAGUGACGAGCGGACAUGCCACUGUGAGAAGGACCAGUUUGCCUGUGCCAAUGGCAUGUGCAAGCCAAACUACUGGGUAUGUGACCGGGUCAACGACUGUGGAGACAACAGCGAUGAGUUGCAAUGCAGCUGUGGUGAGGGCGAGGUGCGAUGUGGUGAUGGCACCUGCAUUCAGCAGGCUGGAGUUUGUGAUGGCAAGACUGACUGUGCUGACAGCAGUGAUGAGGCAUCCUGUAAAGAGUCCUCUGGGAUCUGCACAGACUUCACUUUAAAGUGCCCAGACGGCACCUGUGUCAACAAGAUCAACGCAGAGUGCGACCAUGUAACGGACUGCUCCGACGGAUCAGAUGAGGAAGGAUGCAAUUGCGGAAUCCGACCAUACAAACACAACCGUAUUGUGGGUGGGAAAGACGCAGAAAUUGGAGAGUGGCCUUGGCAGGUUAGCCUCCACUUCAGGACAAGUGGGCAUGUGUGCGGAGCGUCCAUCAUAUCCAACACCUGGCUCCUCUCUGCUGCCCACUGCUUCUCUAGUACAGACCCCGCGUACCAUAUUGAAGGAAACUGGCAGACAUACAGUGGUCUUCGGGAUCAGUACAAGAUCGUUGAUGAUGAUGUGCAGCUGCGAAAAUUGAAGACCAUCAUUACACAUCCCGACUACAACGCUAUGACGUUUGACUAUGACAUUGCUCUGCUGGAGCUGACGGAGCCACUAGAGUUCACUAACCUGAUCCACCCCGUCUGUCUGCCAGCCAGCUCACAUGUGUUCUCAGCGGGUACACCUUGUUGGGUUACAGGCUGGGGAACCAUAAGAGAAGGAGGACGCCUUGCCCAAGUACUGCAGAAAGCUGAGGUGAAGAUCAUCAAUGACACAGUGUGUAAUAUAGUGACGGAAGGCCAGCUCACCUCAAGAAUGCUGUGCAGUGGAUUUCUCUCAGGAGGGGUCGAUGCCUGCCAGGGAGACUCAGGUGGUCCAUUGGUGUGUCUCUCAGAGGCUGGUAAGUGGUUUCAGUCGGGCGUGGUGAGCUGGGGUGAAGGUUGUGCCCGUCGCAACAAGCCUGGUGUGUAUACCCGCGUAACUAAACUGCGGGACUGGAUCCUUAAAAGCACAGGUAUCUAGAGCAGAAGUACUUGAGCCGGAGGUCACAUAUUAGGACUUGUCUUUUCAUUUGUUGGAUUUGUGUUUUAUUCAAAUAUGUAUUGCUCCAAAAACAGGUUUUUUUUUCAGGUGUGGUGAUGGGAUGUUAUGGUGGAGGAUGGUACACUAAUUAUGAUCAGCUGUGGCAGUAUAAUAUAAUGUUGCAUACACUGUCCACAAAUUAUGGAUUCUCAAAUUUCUUUCACUCUCUGAAUGUAAACUUUAACUUUACAUUUCUGUUACCUGCAACUGCGCAGUUGACUUUCUUCUGUUCCAAACUGUAUGAUUGCCUAUUAUGUCCCAUUGCUGCGGGUAACGUAAUGUCAUGCAGGGUCUUCAUUUGAAAGCGCAAGGUGUGUUGUGUACAACGAUUGAUAUCAGCAAUACAACUGUAAAAGGAGUGAAGCAGAAUUGCACUGAUAAGAUGAUAAGAGUAGUGUAAAGUUUGAAUGGAUUGUACAAUUUGCUAAACUAUGUAUAUUGGAAUUACACAAAUUGAUUAUCUUUUAAAAUGAUAUUAUUGAUGUUAUUACGUUGAUGUAGCAAGUUCCGAUAUAUGAAUCAGUUGGAUAAAUUGAAUGCUGUAAAUUAAGCGUAAAACAAUAAAGUAUGUUCACUUA